UCGAACACUCUUCGGGCACUUUCUUUUGAACGACAAAAAUGUCCGACUCCAGCUCUGACGAGAGUAGUCGGGAAAGUUGGACGCCGUAUUGUGAGCGGGACGAGUGGAACGACGUCGAGCCGGUCAGCCAAGAUGACGGGCCACAUCCGGUCGUGCAGAUCGCGUACUCGGACAAAUUUCGGGACGUGUAUGACUACUUCCGUGCAGUGGUGGCCAGAAACGAGGUCAGUGAUCGAGCCUUGGAGCUGACAAGGGACGCUGCCACCCUUAAUCCCGCCAACUACACUGUCUGGCACUACAGACGGGAGUGUCUGGCAGCCAUGAACAAGGACUUGCACAAAGAGCUUACCUACAUCACAAACGUGAUAAAUAAACACCCUAAAAACUAUCAAGUCUGGCAUCAUCGUAGAGUGAUCGUUGAGCGCCUGCAGGACCCGGGUCGGGAACUAGAUUUCACGGCGUCCAUCUUGCAAGAUGAUGCGAAAAACUACCACGCGUGGCAGCACCGACAAUGGGUCAUCCGUGAGUUCGAUCUGUGGGAUAAUGAACUAGGUUACGUGGAGAAAUUACUGCGGGACGAUCUGAGGAAUAACUCUGCAUGGAACCAGAGAUACUUUGUCGUUAACCAUACUACGGGUUUUACCGAUGAUGUCAUCGAACGUGAGAUUAGAUUCACUCAGGAUUACAUAAAGAAAGCUCCCAACAAUGAGAGUGCUUGGAAUUACCUGAAAGGUGUGCUGUUAGAUCGUCAGCUACAGAACUACCCGUCAGUGUUGGCGUUCUGUCAGCAGCUUUACGAGGACCGAUAUCGCUCCCCAUACCUGAUGGCCUACAUGAUUGACACGUACGAAGAGAUGUUGGAACAAGAGAGUGACGAUCGUGCCGCUACACUGAAGAAAGCGGAACAGCUAUGUAAUGCUCUGGCAGACGAGUAUGAUCAGAUCCGCGGUGAAUACUGGAACUACGUGGCACGAUCGUUGACAUCGCGCUACGGCUCACAAACGAACACAGUGGAACAAGAGGUCUCAUAACCUGGACCUACCUGCCACCCUAGUGUGAUAUACCCAUGAAGGGAAUGGACUAGUCCACUUGAUAGGGAAAGACUAUACUAUUUUAGAUGUGGAAGAUUCCAAGUUAUCUCGUCAGGGGAAAGAGUAUUUCAGUGGAGUGUAUAUAUUAUUAUUCGUUGCAUUUUACUGAACUCGUUCUAUUUAGAACUGUAGCAUAGGUAACAGAAAAUAACUGUAUUUUAAAUUAAUGCAUUGUAAAAUAUUUUGAACGACUUUUUUGCAACAAUUUUGGAACUUCAAAAUCAUUAUGUUUAUCUUACUAAAAUUUUUUAUUAUAACACACAAUUAUAAUUCUUUUUUUGUACAAAAUUUGAGAUCUAUUUAAAAAAAAAAUAUAUACGCAGCCUUUUUUUAGCGAAUGAAUUAACAAAUUUGAUAAAAAUCAUUAUUUAACAUUUCACUGUACAUAUUUAUUUAUACCAGAAGCGAGAAGACAAUUUUACACUAAAGUGGGUGGCAGGGUGUUGUGUUAUGUGAACCGACUGUAUUCAUUUAUUUGUAUUGUAACACAGUGCUUUCUUGACGUUUAUUUAUAGGUCACAGUCUAGUUUCUAUGACGACGUUAACUCUAAACAUUCAAUUAUGAGUACACACAUUUAAUACAUGUAAGUCUGCUUGUAUAGUUUUUAGAAACAAGUUUGAUCAUCAAAAUUAAUCAUCAAGAACCAUAAAAAUUGCUCACAUUUUGAUAAAUCUGAGACCAUAUCCAACUUAGCCUAAACUUCAAUUUAAGAGUAGAAACUUAGGGUUUUGAUUGGAUUUAAAAAAUAAUUGAUUAAUAGACUGAAUGGAAUCAUUGAGGCAUGUCUAAGGAAAAGGAUAAGAAUUAUAUUGAAUAUGGACUCUGAAAUUAAUGUUCUUAAUUAUAAAGUUAAUGCUUAAGGUAUCAGGCCAACAAAUAAACAAGAUCUCUGAUAGGUCCAUUAUCCUUAAUGUUUAAUUUUAAAUGCCUAGGGACCGCAUUUUUUUUUCUAAAUGUCACAUACUUGUGGGUCAAAUACUUAAAUGGCUUAAUUCCAAAGAAUGGUAGAGAUUGGCUUUGUUAGUUUGACUUUAUCCAGGCCUUCCAUAUAGAGUUGCUUAUACAUUCAUCUCAUUCUCUAUUUAUUUGAAUACUCGUAAUAAUGUAAGCUUAAAAAGCUUAACUGUUUGUAUGACUUGAUAGGGAUUCUUAAUUGACACGGUGGUGAUUCUGAAUUUACUCAAAAGAGAUGGUAAAUAUUACUGUAAAGGUACUGUUAAAGACAUGGACUCAUGAUAAAACUUGGUGUUCAGUUCACUUUGAUAACAACCAAUGUUUGAAAUAAAUUAUGCAAUAUGGUUGAUAUAAAUGACAAAAGUAGUUCUGACAAAAGUAGUUCUAAAAUCAUAAUUAUGGUAAUUAUACAGUCAUCAAUAUGAGACUUUUGGAUGAAUGAGCUGAACAAGCCCUGUUUUAUAACAUUUAGACCUUUAUCAAACCCAAAAAGUACUCAACCACUGCAGUGGUUGCGGCUUCUGCUAAUUUCAACAACUGAUAAUGAAUCUGCAAGAAAGUGAAUGAUUCCCAAAUCUGUUUUAAAGCUGCACUCUCACAGAUUGAACAUUUUGACAACUAUUAAUAUUUUUUGUCCUGGAACGAGCCAAUUUUUGCGAAAAUCCAUGGAAACCAGUUAUAUAAGACGGCUGUAAAAAAAUUAGAUCGCAUAUUUAUAUAUUUAAGUUCAAAUUUUAAUUAAGUGGUAUAUCUGUGAGAGUGCAGCUUUAAUGCAGAAUAUUGAUAAGAUAAGACUUGGUGUGCGAAGAAACUGAAUCACUGUUAUAGUAAAAUUGAAGUCUUCAAGUCUUUUACAGUACUCUACAAAUAAGUUGAAUGAGGGGGCAGCUAUAAAGAAAAAGUUUCUUUAAUUUGGGGUAAAAACUCUCAAAAUGUUAAGUUUUCAUUUUUUUGUUGUUUUCUUAAAUUUCCUUUACAUUUUUUGUAAAUUUCUUGAUUUUCUCAUAGUGAGGAGUGUUUAUAUUAUGAUCCCCUAUAUGUAUUGGUUUUCUCUUCAUACACAGCUUAGAAAAUUUGCAUUUUAGGGACAUCAUUUUUUAUGCAAUAUUUAUGAUGGUAAAACAACAAAAUAAGAUCAAUAUUGAAGAAAUUGUUUUUGAUAAAUUGCAUUUUGGGGACAUCACAUUUAGGCAAUAUUUAUCAUGUUAAAACAACAGAUUAGAUUGAUAUUGUAGAAAAUGUUUUUAAUAUUCUCAAUUCUAUUAGGGCAUUUCUACUUUUGUAAGUUAGUUUAUAUGUAGGUGUUUUUCCAGCAAUCAUGGUAGUGAUACUCAUUGGCAAUGUCCAGACGGGGGACAUAUUGGACAAUAAUAUGUAAAAGUCAUUGAUGUACACAAGAUGGAUAUUCUUUUUUAAUGCUUGUUGAACUGCUUUUCAAUAAAGUUUGAGAAGUU